UACGCUCUCCCCUCCCUCUAUCCCACCCUCCUCUGCUUCUCUCUAACACUACCUGACUCCUCUCUCUGUCUGUCCUGGAGCGCUGACAAAUAGUUAGGUUUUUGGAGCUGCAUCACCUCUAAGGCAGCUGCUCUGUCUUUCAGUCUCUUUUGCUUCUUUUCUGCGUAACCCUCUCCACUGACUUUGUUGCCAAAAUGUACCGGAACCCAUGGAUCUCGAAUUACCUGACUCACGUCAAGUUUUGCAGCCAAGGACUUGGGAGUGAGACCUCCAUUAAACUAAGUAAUCCUCGAUUGCUACAGAAGAGAGCUUUGAGCUUCCAGAAAGAAUUCUCCUUCGACGAAAAAGACAACCCAGCCAAAAGCACCAAGGACAUAGAUGUUAGUGUCUUGGCAAAUCUUCCCAAAGUCUCUGAAUUAAGGAAGCGAUUUGAAAGCGUCACCACAAGCACAAGUGACUGGGAAAUGAACAGAAAGGAACGUAUCGCUCGGCGGCUGGAGGGCAUAGAGGGUGAAGUGCAUCCAUCUCUGUUGCCUAGCUUGGUGGCAAACCGCCUUCUGGAGGAGGACACACCACGAUACACCAGGGCAUCUGACCCUUGUGAGCCCUGUGGGGUUACAGGGCAACGGUAUGCCAUGGAGGGUUUUGAAAGCCCAGAGAUGCAGCUGAUGGCUCCAGAGCACCAGUCCAGACCUCGAUGCAGACCUGACCCCCAGUCCUUCAUCCAUACAGAGCCUAUGUUCAGCUCAGGCUCCACCACCAGCGCCCCAGAACUGGAGUCCAAGGCUGAACGCAUCGCCCGCUACAAAGCGGAGCGGCGCAGGCAGCUGGCCGAACGCUAUGGCAUCUCUUUGGAUCAGGAGCCAGAUGUGGAAUGUCCCUCCCGAUACAGUCACCCCCAGAAGGAGUCGGAAGGCUCAGAGAGGCGAAACAGGUCAGAGUCAGCGGGGGAGAAAGACAGGGACAUCACCCUGAGUUCUCACACUAGUACCUCUGCCAUUAGCCCAAGGGUGGGAUGCACUGCACCACAGCAAGGUCACUCCGAGAUGGGUCGUAGGAGGCUGGACUCAUUCUCAGAGAGGGAGAGGUUGAUGAACCUGGAGAAUCAACGUCGAGCUGCUCAUCCUGAGCCACCAUCUUCUUCAUACAUGGAUGUGACAUCAUUGUCCUCAGCUGCCUGGGUGCCCGCCAAGGACUAUUCAGUCACAGGGAUGCCACCUAGUCCACCCAAGCUGAGCAGGGACUCUUCUGUCUCAUCGGCCAAACAAGGAGUUUCUCCAGGGGACCACUUCAUCGAACAACAGGCCCACAAUAUCCUAAGCAGACAGGGUACAAGGGCAAACCUGAGCACUGAUUGGUUCCUCCAGACUGAUGCUGAGGGUGACACCAAUUCUCUCAUCAACUGGCCCUCAAGAAUCAGAGUUAGGGAGAGGCUCGUGAGAGAAGAAGGCCACCAGAAGAGCCCAGAGCUGGGGAAAGUUAGAGAGACCCCAGGUUACUGCAGACAAUUUCAAUACCGCAACCAAAAUUCUACACAGUACCAUGCAGAAACACCAGGUCCCCACCAGACUUACUCCCAUCCUCACCAUCAACCCCAACCUCAGCUCACCCAACCUGGGCCACUGGGAGUACAAGAAGCUGGUGGAUACCCCAGUUACCUGUCCAUGGCCUCUGGUCCCUCAUCCAGAGCUGGGGAGCAGCAACCAGAGGAAGAGACUGAGAGAACAGAGGAUGCAAAGACAAGGGGCCUUCUGAGGAGCAGACAAGCAGUUCUACCCUCUGAGAUCCGCCGCAGGGAGAGGAGCACUGAAGACCCACGGAGAGGAUGGAGGGAAGAGGAACUAGGAGUGUCCAAGGCGUUGAGUCUCAGCCAGGCACGGGAGGCAGAGGACCCUGCAAGAGAAGGACACCGAGGUAGAGCCAGGUUGGACGAAACGGAGCACAUCUACCAUCUGCAAGCAUCAGAAAUCAGGCCUCGAGAGCUUGAUAAUGCCAUGUAUAUCCACAAAGGGUUGGUUGCCACUUACAUCCAGCCCAGAGCGGCACUUGCAGGCCCAGGAAUCUCCACCUCCAUCACAGCGCUGAGCCACCUGGUGUCAGAUACAGGGGAUCCACAAGCGCCCAUUCAGAGGAACCGGCAGCACCAGACCCAUGACCACCGAGAGGUCAGGGAGGGUGGUGGUUUUGGUAACAAAGAGAAUCAGCUGGACAACAGGAUGUCUGUGGCCCAGCUCAGACACUCCUAUAUGGAGAGCACCACCACCCCACCAACCAGCCGCAGGAAUGAGCUUGAGAUUGAGGGAGACAGGGCACUCACAGGCUAUGAGGCCCCAUGGAGAGGGGAGAGGGACAGGGGGCGAAGGCCCCCGCAGUGUAUCUGUCCUGGGGAGAGUAGAAAGACCUCAGAGAGGUUUAGGAUGCAGCCCAUCGCUUCUGCUGAGCGCCAGGAGACUGAUAGGUCCUCUGUGAGUUCAGAUCUUGCUUCUGCUGAAGCUGAUGAAGAGAGGCUAGAUGAACGGGCCAAGCUGAGUGUGGCAGCCAAGCGCUCUCUCUUCAGGGAACUGGAGAAGAACAUUGAUGGUGGUGGCCCUAAAGUGAGGUCCAGGAAUGCAGCGGUGGACAGGAGACUAAGACGGACACAAGAUCGAUCCAGGACUCAGCCAGUCACCACAGAGGAAGUUGUCAUUGCUGCCACCGUCCCCACUCACGUGCCACACACAGUGACUGCUCACACUGCUGUAGCACGCAUCCCCAGCCCCACCCUAGUUUGCAGCACUGUCCCACCAUACAGCCUCCAGGCAUCAUCACAGCAGAGCACUGCCACCCGGGAGCAGGUGUGGGCGGCCCGGCAGGUGAAGGACACCCUGGAGGUCCAGAGCACUAUGCCUGUUUCCACAAUGGAGGGAAAACAACAGAGUCACAACCAGAGCCAGAGUCAGGGUCAGGGUCAGGAGGAGCCUGACCUCUGCACCCUCAGCCUGGCAGAGAAGAUGGCGCUGUUCAACAGACUGGCUCAGACUCCAACCAGAGUGACCCGCACCAGAGGGGACACACGCCAGCGCAGGGCCAACGCACGCUACCAGACACAGCCCAUCACACUGGGAGAUAUGGAGCAGCUUCAGAAUGGUACAGGCUCUCAGUUCAGACACCUCCCUGCUUCAUCCUCCUCCUCUGAUUUGAGAGCAGGAGGCACUGUCUCCACUGACCAUGCUGGAGACAUCCACCUGACCAGAGGGGAGCCCCGGGACGAACUCUUACCUACCUCUACUUCUGACACGUCUCUGCCCCCUCGCCAACCAGAGGGCCCUACCUGGAGGUCCCAGGACCACCAGAAGUACAGAGUUUUUCCCCAGGAAGAAGACAGAGCUGAUCUCUGUGGAGGCAAAAGGAAGCUGCCCUCUCCUGAAGGAGUGGUCAGGCAGGCCAAUCUGCCCCAGCCCCACACUGGAAAAGAGAGGAGGGCAGAGGAGGAGCAGCAGCAGGAGGAGGAGGAGGAGGAGGAGCAGUGGUGGGUGACCAGACAGGGGGCGGCAGUGCAGAGCUCAGAGAGCCACAUGCUUCAGGAGUGGCAGAGAGAGGAGGUGUAUCGGAGGGAGGAAGGACACUACCCGGACAGUCAGAAGAGCAGGGCCAUCAGUGGCGAGUUGCUGGAGUCCACCGUGGUAACAUCCAGAGCAGCGUCUCGUCUGCCCAGGACUGCGUGUCAGCCUCCAGCGGCAGACGCACACGUGAACGACAGCAGACCCACAGCAGGCCUGGUGCAGCCUGAGCAGGGAGACGAGCUGAACGACAUGAUGACAGCCAGACACAUGUCCAUCAGAGACAGAGUGGCUUUGUUGAAGAAGAGCGGUGAGCAGGACUGGAGGAACAGGAUCAAUAAGAAGCAGGAUGUGGGGGAACAACACACCCAGCUCCAAGAGGUGGAGGAGAGCUUUAAGACAAAGGGGGAUGAAGCGCUGGUGAUGAUCGAUGAGUUUGCUGUGUCCGACCAGCUCUGGGCUACCAGAUCUCCUAGACCCAUGCAGGUGGAUGAGAGACACCCCUGGAGAUGGAAGAGAAUAUCUGAGUCUGAGAUGGAGUGCUACAGCAUUGAGGCUCUCAUGUCAAUCCAGGAGAGGAAACAGCUGAUUGUAGCCCAGGAGGAGGCCUGGAAGACCAAAGGCCACGGAGCGGCCAACGACUCCACCCAGUUCACUGUGGCUGCACGCAUGGUGAAGAAAGGGCUGGCCUCCCCCACAGCCCUCCAGUCUACAUCCUCAUCCAAACCCAAGAACAACAGCCUUGCUAUCUCCAAACCACAGGAAGAGAUCAAGGCUGUACCAGAUCUGAACCUCGAGUCCGACCUGAAGCUGGAUAAACUGGAGUCAUUUCUUGGCAAACUCAACAGUAAAGUGUCUGGACUGCCAGAGGCGACCAUAACAGUCACACAGAAGAAGGUCAAGGAAGUGAUGACGCUCGAAGACGAAACCUUUUCCAAGUUCUACCGCCAAGUCGAGGAGCUCCCCAUCACUACCAACAAGAUGGAGAUAGACAACGACUUUGAUGCCAUCUUCGGCCCCCAGACACCAAAGCUGACCUCGGAGAUGGUUCAGCACAAGCGGGCCGUGCGCCCAGCGCGUAACGUCCAGGCCUCAAGGAACCCUCUUAAGAUGCUGGCUGCCAGGGAGGACAUCAGGCACGAAUACACAGAGCAGAGACUCAACAUCGGCCUGCUGGAGAGCAAGAGGAUGAAGGCUGAGAAGAUGAAUAAGAACUCUGGAUUCUCUGACGUUGCUCUGGCCGGUCUGGCCAGCAGGGAGAACUUCAGUAAUGUCAACCUGCGCAGCGUCAACAUCUCCGAGCAGAUGUCCAACAACAGUGCUGUACCUUACAAGAAACUCAUGCUCUUACAGGUUAAAGGCCGACGGCACGUUCAGACCAGACUGGUGGAGCCCCGAGCGUCCUCCCUGAACAGUGGGGAUUGUUUCUUGCUCAUCACGCCACACCACUGCUUCAUCUGGACUGGAGAAUUCGCCAAUGUCAUCGAAAAGAACAAGGCGUCAGAGUUGGCAAACUUCAUCCAGAGCAAGAGAGAUUUGGGUUGCAGGGCUAACUAUGUCCAGCUCAUCGAGGAGGGUGUCAGCACAAGCAGCCAAGCAGUUAAGGACUUCUGGAAGAUUCUGGGAGGGCAGUCCAGUUUUCAGUCUGCAGGAACACCAGAUGAAGAUGAACUGUACGAGGGUGCCAUUGUUGAGACAAACUGCAUAUACCGCCUGAUGGAUGACAAACUGGUUCCAGAUGACGAUUACUGGGCCAAGAUGCCCCGUUGUUCUCUGUUGAACCCCAAGGAGGUCUUGGUGUUUGACUUUGGCAGUGAGAUGUACAUAUGGCACGGAAAGGAAGUGACACUGGCACAGAGGAAGGUGGCCUUUCAGCUGGCCAAGCACCUGUGGAACGGCACCUUUGACUACACAAACUGUGACAUCAACCCACUCGACCCGGGAGAGUGCAACCCACUCAUACCCAAGAAAGGUCAGGGCCGGCCUGACUGGGCAGUGUUUGGCAGACUGACUCAACACAAUGAAACCACCCUGUUCAAAGAGAAAUUCCUGGACUGGAGCGACUCCAGGAAAACACCAAGUCCCACAAAGAAUACCAACGAUCAUGUGACUGAUCAGAAGGAGCAGUCCAUCUCGGAUCAGCCCUAUGCGUACGACACCUCCCGGAUGCUUCCCCUCCAUGAAGGGCCAGUCUGCACCAAACUGGAUGGGUUCAACGUGGGGCGGGGCUACGGCCUGGUGGAGGCAGAGGAGUGGCGAAGCUGCGAGAUCAGCACGCUGGCGGUGGAGGUGUGGCACAUCCUGGAAUUUGACUACAGCCGCCUGCCGCACCAAAGCAUUGGCCAGUUUCACGAAGGCGACACAUACGUAGUGAAGUGGAAGUAUAUGGUCAGCACUGCAGUUGGGAGAAGACAGAACCCCGAGCAGAUGAAGACAGCCGGGGCCGGGAAGGAGAAGUGCUGCUACUUCUUCUGGCAGGGCCGCAACGCCACUGUCAGCGAGAAGGGAACAUCGGCGCUGAUGACGGUGGAGCUGGACGAGGAGCGAGGAGCACAGGUUCAGGUCCAGCAGGGGAAGGAGCCGCCAUGUUUCUUGCAGUGCUUUAAAGGAGGGAUGGUCAUCCACUCAGGGAAGAGAGAAGAGGAGGAGGAGAACUUGCAGAAUGACUGGCGUCUGUACUGUGUGCGGGGGGAGGUGGAGGUGGAGGGCCACCUGCUGGAGGUGGCCUGUCACUGCAGCAGCCUGCGCUCCCGGGUCUCUAUGGUGCUGCUGAGCGUCAGCCAGGCCCUCAUCUACCUGUGGCAUGGCUGCAAGUCUCAGACACACACUCGAGAGGUGGCACGCACCGCUGCUAACAAAAUCAAAGAGCACUGUCCUCUGGAGGCAGGCCUCCACAGCAGCAGCAAGGUGACCAUCCGGGAAUGUGAUGAGGGAGCAGAGCCCACAGGAUUCUGGGAACCUCUCAGCAGGAGGGACAGGAAAGCAUAUGACUGCAUGUUGCAAGAUCCAGGGAGGUUUAACUUCACACCACGUCUCUACCAGCUGAGCAGCAGCUCAGGAGAGUUUGCUGCUGUGGAGUUUCUCUACCCGGCAAGAGACCCCAAGAAAAUCAACUCCAUGCCUUUCCUGCAGGAGGACCUUUAUGCAGCUUCACAGCCAGGUCUGUUCCUGGUGGACAACCACCACGAGGUAUAUCUGUGGCAGGGCUGGUGGCCUCAGAGCGGCGAAAGCACCGGCUCAGCACAAAUCCGUUGGGACUCGGACAGGAAGUGCGCCAUGGAGACUGUGCUGCAGUACUGUAGAGAAAAGAAUGAGAAGAAGCCUCCUAAAGCGUAUCUGAUCCAUGCUGGUCUGGAGCCCCUCACCUUCACCAACAUGUUCCCCAGCUGGGAGCACAGAGAGGACAUCGCUGAGAUCACUGAACGGGAAGCAGAGGUGUGUAACCAGAUUAUCCUAGUGGAGGACGUGUUGGCCAGGCUGUGUCAGACCACGUACCCCCUGGCAGAUCUUCUGGCCCGGCCACUGCCCGAGGGCGUCGACCCUCUCCGCCUGGAGGUCUACCUGUCAGAUGAGGACUUUGAGGGUGUAGGGCUCAUGGGAAGAAAGCCCUGGAGAUGAGCAGAGAGGAGUACAGGGCCUUGCCCUGCUGGAAGCAGGUGAACGUGAAGAAAUCCAAAGGACUUUUUUAAAAGUUUGGAACAGAGAGCUGAGCUGAAGUCAUCAGAGAAAGCACACAGGAGGUUGUUUUUUGUUUUUUCUCCCGUUUGGACACAACAGAGGCACAGGAGCUGCCUUCAGAAAGUUGAGGAUGAAUGAGGGAAGUAAUGCAGGUGUGGAAGAGGUGAUGAGUGAAUGAGGAGUAUGUGCUGUUUGUGUUUGCUGGUGUUAAGUAGGAGACAAAUGUAGGCUGAUGCACCUGUGAGUGGAUGUAUUAAUAGUUGUUCUUUAAUGUCACAAUCUGUUAAUGUCUGUAAAUAUGUACUAUACUGACGGAGGAUAGCCAGUGCCCUUACAUUAUGAGCCAUGCAGCCAUCUGUUAGAGUGGAGACAGGUCUGUCAGCCUGUUCAGCUCUCUUCUUCUGCUAUGAAUGCUCAUGCAUUACAAAUGAUUUAUAUUAAAUAUCAAAUCUAUAUAGGAUUUUUUCAAAAAAGCUUCGUGAAUAUUGACUGAGCUACAAAUGACUGAACGAACUGUAUAAUGACUGUUGAGGAUCUUUGUGUCAUAUGUUAAUAAAUACCAGAUUUUACAGAAGUUCUCUCUUGCUGUACAGUUCACCAUUUGCCAUUUACAAAUCAAGUGACGCAGCUUUAUUUGGAUGUCUAGUGUCAUGAUUGUGUCAGAUAGAAGUCCAGUAUAUAGUGCCUUGCUUUGUGUACAGUUUAUAUACAGAACCUAGUCUGCUUUUUGAAGACUUUUUUUGUGAUAUAAAGAAAUAUUAGAGAAAUAAAACCUGAAAGUUUGAUAACAGAA